AUGCCUCCCCGGUUAAGACUCUCAGCGCUCCAGCACCAAAUCCCCCGAUGCCAAUAUGAACUCCGAAUUACCAGGAGCGCAUCCACUGCUGCGGCUUCGGCAAUCACGCCAGCUGCUCCCAUUGAGCAGAUGACACGCUCAACAGCCCCGGUAUCGAAGUUCCCUCGAGCCCAGCCACCCUCGCACCGCAAUCCCGAAUACCGCCGGUCGCAACUCCUGCGCUCAUACACCUCCCUUCUCCGCACAUCUCCUCUCAUCGUGCUCUUCCAACAUGACAACCUCAAGUCCAUGGAAUGGGCCGCCAUCCGACGAGAACUAGCCAUUGCCCUGCGAAAGGUCGACGAGAAGAUCGCCGCCGAAGGCCGCACAGCCCCCGCCCUCGCUCCCUACAUUAAGCUCCAGACUAUCCAGACCAGCAUCUUCGAGGUUGCCCUGCGUAUUGUCGAGUACUUCCGACCCAGCGAGGCCGCCCUGGCCGCAGGAAAACCCCCAAGCGCAGUCGAUCCCGUCACACAGACCUCCGCCGAGCUGCCCCUGCUUUCCGGCUCGAGGGAUGACCCGUCUUUGACACACGACUUGUCUCGCACUGUCCACGCCGCAGUGAAGGACAUGAAGGGCAAGCACGAACUCUCGCCUCUGCUAGUUGGUCCCGUGGCUAUUCUUUCCAUCCCCACCGUCUCACCGGAACACAUGAAGGCUGCGUUGUCGAUCCUCGCUCCCAAGGAAGCCGGCUUCCCGGCCCCCACCCGCAGAGCCAACCCGGAAUACCACGAGCCUAUCGUUCAGAAUGGUCUUCGCAAGAUUAACCUGCUCGCUGCUCGUGUAGACAACCAGGUGUUCGAUUUGGAUCAGACUAAGUGGGUUGGCAGCAUUGAGGGCGGCAUGGACGGUCUCCGCUCCCAGCUUGUCAUGGCUUUGCAGAGCAUGAGCUCCAGUGUGGCCACUACUCUGGAGGGAGCUGGCAAGAGUGUUUACUACACCCUGGAGAGCCGACGAACCGUCUUGGAGGAAGAGGCCAAGGGACCGGAGGGCGAGAAGAGCGAAUCGUCCUAA